GAUAAGGAUGUUUGUGUAUUCUGUUGAGCUGCACGAGCGAUAGCCGCGCACGCGCUUUCGCGAUCUCAGUGAUCCAGAAGAGUUUGGAAAUAAAAAUUCAUGUUACGAAAUCGCAAAUCAACGAAAGUGACAGUUUGAGACAUUUUUGAUUUCGGGGUGUUCAGCGAUAAAGUUUGAUUUAUUAUGACCGUGUAGAAUAUAAAAUUUCAAUGUCCUAACAACCUGACAACUCUUAGUGUAAAAGCGGUUACAGUGCAAGUUUGAGUGUAGAAAAGUGUUGUAAUGGGGCAGGGUGGCUGUACGAGGUAGGCCACGUGAAGAUGAGCACGGUAUGUGCGCUGGACGCAGGCGGGCGGGUGUCGCUGCAGCAGAUCCUGCAGGCGUUCAAUUCCAACGUAAGCGAGGAACAUGCGUGGGCACUGUGCCAUCAGGCGGCGCGCUGCUUCCAGCGGUGUUUGUCUUCUGGCACCUCGCCGCCGCCCGCCUGCUUUCUGCCAACGCGACCCUCGCAUCUCCUGCUGCAUGCCGAUGGCUCCGUGCACCCCGACACGCUGCUGGACCCCACAGAUGACAGUAGCAGGCCUAGAAUUAAAUCAGAAUAUGAGGUGGUAGUGAGCUUGGGGCUGGUGGUGUACCGCGCUCUGGACCACACGCACGGCGAUGACGAGGAGCGACUUAUCUCUCCCGACCUCGAGGCGCUCAUCUCCGACAUGACUCUCUCCAACGGAAACCUUACCGAGGAAGAGGAGGAGUGCGGUCUGUCGGAAUCGCUGGAGAGCGUGCGCGCCGGCGAUACCGACGACGAGGGCAUCGAGAGAGACGCCGAACCGCCGCGAGCUCGCCAGCGACGCCUCGCGCUGUUCCUGCUCGAGGACGUGGUCGAGCGCUGCGCGUGGCACGCGGGGGUGGGUCGCGGCAGAGGCGCGCGAGAGACUGCGGCGGCGCACUAUCGCGCCGUGUGCCGGGCGCUGGUCGCCGAGGCGCUCGAGCUGGCGUCGUUCUUGGCGCGAGUCAGGGUCACCGCCGCCAGGGACCUCGGCGCCGCGGAUGAGUCCGCUUCGCACCUGGACACGCUGCAGUUCUCCGACUGGGCGCGGUUCUGGAUGCAGGUGAUCGGCGAGCUGCGAAUGGGCGUAAAGCUGAAGAAGGUGAGCCACUCGCGCACGCCCAUCGAGUACGAGUUGACGCCCUACGAGAUCCUCAUGGACGACAUCCGCUCGCGGCGUUACACGCUGCGGAAGGUGGACUCCAGCAUCCCGCACAAUGUCAAGAAAGACGCACACGCUAUGAUUCUCGAAUUUAUUAGAAGUAGACCUCCACUCCGAAAGGCCUCGGAGCGCCAACUGCCGCCGGCCAAGCGGGAGGCCACGCCUCGGGAGCAGCUUCUGCGCUCCAUCCGCCUCGGCCGGCCGCUGCGACCUACGCCCCAGGCAAGCGGCAGCGUGAGCGGUGGCGGGUCGGAGGAUAGGCGAGCUUUAAGUGACGUCACGCGACGGACGAGCGGUGACGUCACGCCGCACACGCAGCCGCAGAGGAGACUCAUCAAAGUUGACUUUGAUAACCUUGAAGAUGACGAAGACGACGAGGAGACGGAGAAGUGCGCGUCUCCCCCGCGGCCCUUGCCCAGGCACUCGGCGCCGCCCAAGCCCUGGAAGAGAACCGAAGCGGUGGCGGGACGCGCUGCUGAGCGAGGAGCGGCUGUCGCUGACCCUGGAGGAGAUCGUGCACAUCCGGUCGGUGCUCACCAAGGCGGAGCUGGAGGUGCUGCCCGUCGAGGGACGCGUCAAAGAGGACGUCGAGAAGAGGCGCGUGUGCUUCCUCUGCCUCAAGACCCGCUUCGGCAUCUUCGGCCCCUGGGGGCAGAGGUGCAAGCUCUGCAAGAGGACCGUCUGCCACCGCUGUUGCACCAAGAUGCGCAUCCCGACGGAGCAUUUCGCGCACGUGCCCGUGGUGCUGCUGAGUCCUUCCUUGCUGCCCUCGCCUCCCGACGAGGAGCCCCCGCCGCCGCCUCGCUCGCUGCUGGCUCGGCUCGCCGCCCCGGGCGGCAGCGUGGAGAACAGCGUGGGCAGCGCGCCGAGCAGCCCGGGCGCCGCGCGGCGGACGGCGGGAUCGGAAGGCGGCGGGUCGGAGGGCGGCGGGUCGGCGCCGGGGUCGCGGGGGGGCUCGGCGCUCGGCUGGUGGGACGGCGGCGCCAUGACGCGCAGCGUCGAGGGUCCCGCCAGUCUUCCGGCCGCCGAGAGGCUGCGCGGCGUGCCGAUGGCCGUGUGCCUCGACUGCAAGGCGCUGGUGCUGCAGAUCAUCAAGUCGUCUCGCGCCUGUCGCUCGGCGGAGCGAGACCGCGCCCUGCGGCACCUCACGCUGGACCUGGCGCCCUUCUAUCCCGCCGCCGACCGCUAGCGACCGGGACGGCGCGUUUACGACGCGAAAAGCGAGAUAUUUCCCCUAUAGAACUGUUCGACCUCCCGAAGCGCGUCCCCCGACGACGACCUGAUGCCGUGCCAUAUUGCCAUCACCGGAUGAAACGUUUGAUCCUUCGUUUACGCUUUUUCAUAUUCGACUUGACACGAGGGCUCCUCCUCUUCGUUCCCGUGAACCCUUCUCCGUCUUCGAGAGAUCGACCUCGCCUCCGCGCUCGCGAAAUUUAACAUUUGUAUAUAUUAAAGAAAAUUGUUCACUUUAGCCGUAAGUUUGAUGGAACAUAAGUGUAAAAUACUCGUCGGUAUGUCUCGCCACAAAAGUAUAUAUAUAGUUCUUUGGAAAAUUUAUCUUAAAACUGUUAUUUAUUAAACCGAGAGAAGAGAACGGCCGCCGCGGAGUCGGUCUCGUGAUGAAAUCCAUCCAGUGCUUGCGAAGACGGAUCGAUUUAUUUCAAUUGUACGACUGAAAGCUUCGUCUGGCCGAGGACCACACCCUCGCAAAGGUCACCCGACUCGUCGAGCAGACGCCGGAUGGAUCUCGUCUCGAAACCUUAAUAUUGUAAUAUAGUGUACUUAUAAUUAUGAGAUUAGAUGUUAUUACAGAAUGUGAAAAGAAUGAUAAAAUAUAUUAUAAUAAUUUAAA